AGGAGGAGGAGAAACUCUUGAAGAUCCAAACUUUUUAGUUCGUCGCGCGUCUCGGGAGGAGAGACAUGGAUACGCUGCUCCGCGAGUGCCUGGGACUCUUGCUCCUGCUCUCCGCCGGCUGCGCUCAGAUGCCCACAGCUCACAUGGGGCGCUCCGAGAAGGGAAGCUGCACAUUCGACGAGGGCUUCACUCAGUGCGAUUACCAGCAAGAUCCCUACGAUGACUUUGACUGGACACACAUCAACACCCAGGACGUGCCCUACGUCUCACCAGACCUGCCGCAUGGUUCCUUCAUGUAUGUGGACGUCUCUCAGUGUGAUGUCGGCGAAAAGGCCCGAUUCCAGCUGCCGGUCAUGAAGGAGAACGACACCCACUGCAUCGACUUCAACUAUCUCCUCACCAGCCCUGACGGCUCCAGCCCCGGCACCCUUAACGUCCUGGUGAAGGUGAACAAGGGUCCAUUGGCCAACCCCAUAUGGAACGUGACGUCCUACACCGGGAAAGACUGGCUGCGGGCGGAACUGGCUGUCUCCACAUUCUGGCCCAAUGAAUAUCAGGUCAUAUUUGAAGCCGAGGUGUCGGACAGCAAAGCCGGCUUCAUCGCCAUCGACGACAUUCAGGUGCUCAGCUACCCGUGCGACAAAUCUCCUCAUUUUCUGCGUCUCGGGGACGUGGAGGUGAACGCCGGACAAAACGCCACGUUUCAGUGUAUCGCUACAGGACGAGAAACGUCCAACAACAAACUCUGGCUACAGAGGAGAAAUGGAGAAGAUAUUCCCGUCGCUCUGACCAAAAACAUCAACCACAGACGGUUCGCCGCCUCCUUCCACCUCAAAGAGGUCACCAAUCAGGAUCAAGAUCUGUACCGCUGCGUCACCCAAUCAGAGCGCGGCUCGGGGGUGUCCAACUUCGCAGGACUCAUCGUCAGAGAGCCUCCGCACCCGAUCGCCCCACCCCAGCUGCUAGGCGUCGGCCCUACCUACCUACUGAUUCAGCUAAAUGCUAACUCCAUAUUUGGAGACGGACCUAUUAUCCUGAAAGAGGUCGAGUACCGUAUGACAUCAGGCAGCUGGAUCGAGACUCACGCUGUGAACUCUCCCAAUUACAAGCUAUGGCAUCUUGACCCAGAUACAGAGUACGAGAUCAGAGUCCUCCUAACCAGACCCGGAGAGGGGGGGACGGGCAAAGCAGGACCACCGCUCAUUACCAGGACCAAGUGUGCAGAACCCAUGCGGACCCCCAAGAGACUGAAGAUCGCGGAGACCAGGUCUCGGCUGAUCGCGGUGGACUGGGAGUCGUUGGGUUACAACAUCACGCGCUGUCACACCUUCAACGUCACCAUCUGCUACCAUUACAUGACCGCCAGCAAUCGCAGCAAGGCCGACUGUUUGGACAUGGACCCCAAAGCACCGCGCCACCUGGUGGGAAACCUGCCACCCUACACCAACGUCAGUCUGAAGAUGAUCCUGACCAACCCCGAGGGGCGUAAAGAGAGUGACGAGACCGUCAUUCAAACUGAUGAAGAUGUUCCCGGUUCAGUUCCCAGUCAGUCACUAAGAGCCACUCCAUUCGAAGACAGAAUUCUUCUUUACUGGAAGGAACCGUCCGAACCCAAUGGAGUCAUCAUACAGUACGAGAUCAACUACAGCGGCAUACGUUCAUUCGACCCAUCGGUGCCUCUCCAGCGGCCGGGACUCACAGUGUCUCUGCCCUCCAACGCCACCUUCCACCUGUUUUCCCAACUCCACCCGGGUGUCACGUACCAUCUCUCUAUACGAGCGUCCACCUCCAAAGGAUUCGGUCCUGCGACCACGCUCAAUGUGACCACGAACAUCUCGGCCCCGACAAUUGAUGAGUAUGACGGGUCAGAGGCCUUUCUGAAUGAAACGGCAACAACCAUCACUGUCCUGCUCAAACCUGCCCAGGCCAAGGGUGCACCUAUAAGCGCGUACCAGAUUGUGGUGGAGGAAGUGAAUCCCCAGCGGACACGGCGCCAAGCUUCCUCCGACUGUUACGAGGUUCCAGUUUCCUACCACAGUGCGUCCAGCGGUGGAUCUCCUUAUUAUUAUGCCGCCCAGCUGUCCCCGAGCAACCUGCCCGAGCCGCUCCCCUUCACUGUGGGAGACAACAAGACAUAUCAGGGUUUCUGGAAUCCUCCGCUGGCUCCAAGGAAGAAUUACAACAUCUACCUUCAAGCUGUUAGCAGCACAGAGCGGGAAACUAAGACGCAAUGUCUGAGGCUGGCUACUAAAGGUGCUACGGAGGAGCCAGAAGUCAUCCCUGACCCUGCUAAACAGACGGACCGGGUGGUAAAGAUUGCUGGGAUCAGUGCUGGUGUUCUUGUCUUUAUUCUGCUGGUGUUGGUUGCCAUCCUAUUGGUCAAGAAGAGGAGGACCUACUAUUCAUACUCUUAUUACCUGAAACUGGCUAAAAAACGCAAGGACGCCAUUGGAACGACGCGGCAGGAAAUGACACACAUGGUGAACGCCAUGGACCGCAGCUACGCUGACCAGAGCACUCUGCAUGCAGAAGACCCGAUGGCCGUGACGUUCAUGGACUCGCACAACUACAAUAACAGAUUGCCCAACGACCCGCUGGUUCCUACUGCCGUGUUAGUUCCAAUCACGGAUGAGAACCACAGUGCGUCUGCGGCGGAGAACAGCCGGCUCCUGGACGUUCCCCGGUACCACUGCGAAGGCACCGAGUCUCCGUACCAGACGGGACAGCUGCACCCUGCGAUCAGAGUGGCCGACCUCCUGCAGCACAUCAACCUGAUGAAAACCUCCGACAGCUACGGCUUCAAGGAGGAAUAUGAAUUGGUGAUACAGAGCUUCUUCGAGGGCCAGUCGGCCACCUGGGACGUGGCCAAGAAGGAUCAGAACCGCACCAAGAACCGCUACGGCAACAUAAUAGCAUAUGACCACUCAAGGGUUAUUCUUCAGCCCAUUGAAGACGACCCUUCCUCCGACUACAUCAACGCCAACUACAUCGAUGUAAGUGGAAACGCAUCGAAUGCUACUAUUGGCUCCCAACGAAACCAACGAAACCACACUCCCUCGCUCAUUUGGCUGUACAGGGAUGGCUACCAGAGACCAAGUCACUACAUUGCUACUCAAGGUCCCGUUCAUGAGACGGUGUACGACUUCUGGAGGAUGGUCUGGCAGGAACAGUCGGCCUGCAUCGUCAUGGUGACCAAUCUGGUGGAGGUCGGGAGGGUGAAGUGCUACAAGUAUUGGCCGGAUGAUGCAGAGGUGUAUGGAGACUUCAAGGUGACUUUUGUGGAGGUUGAGCCUCUUGCCGAAUAUGUGGUUCGCACAUUCACACUGGAGAGGCGUGGUUUCAACGAGGUGCGCGAAGUCAAGCAGUUCCACUUCACAGGCUGGCCUGAUCACGGAGUUCCAUAUCACGCCACAGGACUACUUUCCUUCAUCCGCAGAGUGAAGAUCUCCAAUCCGCCCUCUGCCGGGCCGAUCGUGGUCCACUGCAGUGCCGGAGCCGGGCGUACGGGCUGUUUCAUAGUCAUCGACAUCAUGUUGGACAUGGCGGAGAGGGAAGGCGUGGUCGACAUCUACAACUGUGUGAAGGCUCUCCGCUCCAGGAGGAUCAACAUGGUACAGACUGAGGAGCAGUACAUAUUCAUCCAUGAUGCCAUACUCGAGGCGUGUCUAUGUGGGGAAACGGCCAUACCCGUCUGCGAGUUCAAAGCAGCGUUUUAUGAGCUGAUCCGCAUCGACUCGCAGACCAACUCAUCACAUAUAAAGGACGAGUUCCAGACGUUAAACUCGGUGACUCCGCAGCCGCAGCCCGAAGACUGCAGCAUCGCGUUGUUGCCUAGAAACCAGGAUAAGAACCGCUUCAUGGACGGCCUUCCUCCUGACAGAUGCCUCCCCUUCCUCAUCACGAUAGACGGAGAGAGCAGCAACUACAUCAACGCCGCUCUGAUGGAUAGCUACAGGCAACCUGCUGCGUUCAUCGUUACCCAGCAUCCUUUGCCCAACACGGUCAAAGACUUCUGGCGUCUGGUCUACGACUACGGCUGCACCAGUCUGGUGAUGCUGAACGAAAUCGACCUGGCUCAGGGUUGUCCUCAGUACUGGCCCGAGGAGGGGAUGCUGCGUUACGGCCCGGUCCAGGUGGAGUGUAUGUCCUGCUCCAUGGACUGUGACGUCAUCAGCCGACUCUUCAGAGUCUGCAACCUCACCAGGCCUCAGGAGGGCUACCUGAUGGUCCGUCAGUUCCAGUACCUGGGGUGGGCGGGGCACAGGGAAGUCCCCGCCUCCAAACGCUCCUUCCUGAAGCUGAUCCUGCAGGUGGACCAGUGGCAGCACGAGGGGGAGGAGGGCGAGGGACGGACCAUCGUGCACUGCCUAAACGGAGGCGGGCGUAGUGGCGUGUUCUGUGCCAGCAGCAUCGUAUGCGAGAUGGCCAAGAGGCAGAGCGUGGUGGACGUCUUCCACGCUGUGAAGACGCUGAGGAACAGCAAACCCAACAUGGUGGACACUCCGGAGCAGUAUCGGUUCUCCUACGACCUGGCGCUGGAGUUCAUGGAGUCGUCCUAGACGAGGGAGGAGACGACGACGAGGAGGAGGAGGAGGAGAGGAAGAGGAGCAGACGAACGUCUUUUCACUUCCCUCGUGUUUGAUUGUUUGCAUUUUACGCUUGGGCCUGACUCCCCCCCCCCCUUGUUUUUUUGCAUCCGCACAUCAGUGGAGAAGUGGGCUCCUUGUACAGUGUCGGUACUCAGAGGGAAACAGAAGGAGCUGCUUGUGCAGCGGAGGAGGAGACGUUACUCCUUUUACUCCUUGAAAUACUUAUUGUACAGAUUCUAAUUUUUCUUUUCUUUUGAGUGCCAGCGGGCCCCAGUAUGUUCUGGGCUCCAUUUUAAAUGUCCCCCCCCCGCAUGGACGCGACGCUUCAUGCCGUCUCGGCUGCAGUUCUCCACGUGCACUGUAGAUGUCAGAUGUCUUGAUUCCUGCUCCGCACAUCAGCAGCAGCAGCACCACCAUCAUCCGUCAUCACCACGUUGCGUUCCCUUCAGUCAGGAGAUUUAUUAUGUGUCUGUGUAUUUAACGGCCACUCUGUAUCCACUUCACGCAGAGACAGAAGAGCCUACAUGUCAAUAUGAGUUUGCUUCUCAGAUCAAGUAGAAACGAGACUGACGACGAAUCAAAAACGGAAAGUUUACACGAGGAGUAUUAGGCUUUUUAGAAUUUUUUUUUUUUAACUUGACUUGAAAAAUGUUGUGUAGGAUUUUCACUAAAAUGUAAACUUUUUUUUUUCUUUUUUUUUAAGUGUGAUAUGUAUCAUUGUUUCAGUUCUCGGCUGUCGACUUAUAAUGUCCGAUUUGCUUUUGUAUUAUCAUCAGUUUACUGAUCUGCUGGAUAGAAAAAACGCCGACGUCUUCUCUGUAUCCACAUCGUGCGAAUCGAAAACACACACACAGAGAUCCAUCAGCUCCGUCGUGGUCGUUUCAGGGCUGGGCCCAAUGCACUUCCAAUUCAGCCAAUUCACAAAUGGGACGGAAAAUAUGAAUAUAGAUUUUGGUCACGAGGAUUACGAGAGUUUAAUCACAGUUUCCAUUAAUGCUUUGAAGGGAAUUGGAAGUGAACCGACCCCCGGGUGUCACUUGUUUUGUGCACUGGCGGCCAACACGUUUCUCUUUUCAUUUUUCUUUUUACUUUGCAGCUGAUGUUUAUUCAUAAGCCAAAGACUUUGUGUAAAUAUGUCUAUAUGGAUAAAGCACAUUGUUUGUAUUUAUAGUUUUUUUUUUUGGUUUACUCGCAUUGCUUGUAAGAACAAUCAUUCUUCAUUCCACGUUUACUCAACCGGCAGCGUUUCUUAAACCGAGGGUCGGGGGACGCCAACUGGGCCGGCGAGUUCCCGGUUCCUCCGCGGCCGUCGGGGGCGUCGGCGGGAUUGGGGAAGAGACGCCGCCGACUCCGUUUGAGUCCACGGACGAGAGUUGAAGAAGCCCUGGUCGAAGCUGUAUAUUGAAGCAUAGCAGUAGUUCUUUUUAAGUAUUUCGGUGGAACUCCGUAGUGUUGUCUUGUUGUCACUUAAUGAAUCUGUGUGAUGUUGCCGUGGUUUCUUUGUGUAAAAGCCCCCAUCGCUCCGUCUGCGGUCAGUAGAGCGUCGGUGCGUUUACAUGCUCACGAGUACUUUUGGGAUAAUGAUGAGCGCCGAUUCCCUCUUGACGUCGUAGGCCGGGAUGAAGCUGUUUUCCGUCUUCACCCUCACAUCCUGCUCACCGUGAUCCCUGGACACGCUCCGACGCAGUGAUGCAAAACAGGCCGAGUGAGCGAAAACACGCAGGACUGUGAAACGGUUAUUGUGCCUAAUCAUUUGAAUUUCCUUGUUGAUGAGAAGCAUUUCGACAGCAUCUGGUGGACGGCAGCCGGGGCUUUUCCUGUCGAACGCGUUUCUCACGGACGAUCAUUGUUUCAACAACCACGUGUGCUUCUGUUUGAAUCAGAAGAUGAAAAGAAGACGAAGAAGAUGAAAAAAACAAACAACUUUAUUGUAAAUAGAAAAUAUGACGCUCUGAAAGGAAGUUAUUGUAAAUAGACUUGUGGCCAGAAACUCUAUUGUUGGACGAACAGUGGAGAUGAAAUGUCAGAACGUUUGUUCUGUUGCAGAUUACACGUCCCAGAUUGUGCUCCCGGAGGAUUCCGCUCCAACUACAACAACAACAACAACAACGUUAGUUGUGGAAAUAGAACUCAAUUCUGUCGGUGGAUCAGCAAUCUUCUGUCGUCUUUUCUUUUGUCCUUCCCCCUGCAGACGUCUGGUCUGACCCAAAGAAGGGACAGCAAGUGUAGAGGCCAAGACAAGUCGUACAUCUUCAGCGGUGUGGACGGUCGGGACAAGGCGGAUGUCUGUGUUCAGAGCAUGCACAAAGAGAAAAAAGUCGCGGCCACGGAAAAUCCAACACGCAAAGGGAAUUCAAAAGAAAACAAACCGUGGAGGAAAAAUCCUGUCGAGGUGCCGAUGAUUGCUCCUCGGAUCUGAAGUCGUGGCCCUGGACGAGGGGCCGCGUCUGGGAGCGUUCGACUGAUAGUCAUGGUUCAUAAUUGUUCUUGUCUGUAAUGGUUGGCUUCUUUGCUGUAAUAAAGACCACUUCUUUAAUUAAAA